UACUCUUGAUUAUUCCAGACACUUUUAUUUUUAUAAACAUUGAUCAAUUCUUUAUUCCGAUUAUUUUCUCCGAUAAAUUAAACAUUCCAAACAUUUGAUAAUUUCAAGUCGAACGCAGUUUGGCGAUUGGAUGGAUCUCCAGAUAAUCGAUUAAAAUUAAAAUCGCUUCGAAUCGUCAAGUGGACCGAUUCCAUUGUUUAGUCGAGGUCAACUUGACGUAAAUAGAGACAUAAACAGUGUCGUGAGUUUUGAUUCCUUGUUUUGAUCAAACGACUGAUUGACAAUGAUGAAGAUGACGACGAAUGCAUUUUACAACAUUGCUCUGAUCCUCAAAACAUCAUAAUUUUCAUUGCGUUGGAUUCCCUUUAUCAAUAAUCCUUUAUCUACUACCUACUAUAAAUCUAUUACAAAUAGGUUUUUUUAGAGAUACACCGAGGAUAUCCAGUGAUUUAUAUCAAUCAAUAUCAAUUAAUUAAAAUAGCGAUACUUAUGCACCAUGGAGAAGCAGAAACAGAAGAAAAAACGGGACAGAUUGCGUCAAUCAAUCCUCCAGCAUCAAAUACCAGAUGCUCCUACAUUGGAGGAGUUUGAGUGCCUGCUUGGAGAAUCACCUACAAAUUACCCCAAAGGUGAAGCCGUGGAAGAUAUAGAAAGUGAAUUACAUUCAGCUGCCAUCGACACAGACAUUUAUGAAAAGCAGGCUGCUGAAGAAGCAGCUUAUGAAAAGGAGCGUAAUUUACGAGUUGAAACAACAAACGAAGUAUUGUUGUUAGCUGACAACUCUCACGAUGAAACUGAUGCUGUUCAACUUGACUCAGUAUCCAAUGACACUUUGAAUAAUCAAAUAGAUGAAUCCAUCAAUCCCGAAGAACUUAAUCAAUCGACGCAAAAUACCCAGGAUUUAAUCAGAACAAAGAUUCCAUGUCAGAACACUUUAUCGAAGCAAACAGAGAUUGGAGAAGGCAAAAAAGAAAUUUUGAAUACAUCGAAGGAUGUCAAACCAUUUACAGAGCAGCAAUUGAUGUCCUUAUAUCAUAACCAGGAAUUAGCAUUAGCGGAUGCAUUUGUGACUGAGUUUACAGAGACUCAGUUAAGAUGCGGGCCAUUGAGGCAGCAGCAUAGGCUACACGAGCUAUUGAUGAGUUAUUUGAGAGUACGAAACCAUCUGAUUGUAAACUCUUAUGAGCUAGAGCGUUUGAAGAAGAGCUGUCGAGAAACGCAGAAACAACUCUGGUGUUUGGAAAAAACGUCAGAGACGGAAAAUGGCGAAUGUCAAGACGGCAAUCCCGUCAGUGCCGUCCAUGAAUACUCGGUUGCUCAUUUUAAUCAGCAAGCUCUGGUAGUACUUUCCAGGACCUUGUCGGCCAUCAAAGAUACUCUACACGAUAGCCAAGCAUUAUAUUGCUAUGAAGCAGAGUCCUUGCGUCUGCAAAUUGAACAUUAUGUGCAAAGAGUUGCCAGAAGUUUCAAUGAGUUUGCUAAUCUUUCACAGACCGCUCCAGCAAAUCUUCUACCAGAGCAAUCACCGUCUCAGACGGCUCCGCAGUUGAUCGAACUCAGGAUGUGUGUGACAGUUCUAUUUAACUUUCAACGUCGAGUUCUUAAAGAUGGUAAAUUUGUCACAGACACCAGAGAAUGGCUGUCAAAGCUAGUGGCGGUGCUUCUGAGAGUCGCCACAUGGCAGGAUCACCUGUUCCUACUAAAUCAUAUACUGCGAUGUCCCGGUGGCGUGAUGAACUGGGCCAAGUCGUUUGUACAAGUGCCAGUACCGCAGAAAGUCUCUGGAUUGAGUUCCUCGCCUUUUAAUGAUCCAUAUCUCGAUCACAUGAUUGCCACUAUCGCGGUGAUUCUUUUACCGAUCAAAGAUCGAGAUAAGUUUUUGGAACAGGUGCAGGUAUCCUUGCAGGAUACCACGAGUAGUCCAGGGGAUACGGUAUGGGUGAUGCUGGAUGAAGAGGGCGAAGAAGAUGAAGACAUUGCCAAUGUCGGCGCCAAUCUCUUCGAGAGCGAUUUGAUUUCCCUUCUCAAUCAGAUUCCAUUAAACAGGCUCUUCGAGCAGGUGCUAUUUAUUCGAUGUCAGAAUGACAAAUACGAGCAGGAGGAGAACGUCAUCACGGAUCAUCACAUGUUGCGCCUCUUCGCGUUCUAUACUGUGCUCGUCAGACUUUUGAAGCAGGGUCUGAAGACUUACGACUCGCCGCGAUAUAGACAGUUGGCAAAAAGACUCAGCGCGUUGAUCAGAGACGUCGUUCAAUACGCUAGCGAUCAAUGGGAGGCUUUUGAUAGAAGCCAGGUAACUGACGAAUCGAUGCUGUUGAAACUGCAAAUUGAAUAUGAUUGCUUUUUCCUGAGAGCAAUCCUGUGCAUAUUUUCGUCGAGACGUUUAGGAGCCUGGCAAUAUCUCGCAGCAAUCCCAUAUCACAUUAUAUCAUCGACUACUUUGUGGCACAUUUUCUAUAUUCUGCAUACUGAUUCUACAAUUGAUGAUGUAGCAACAUCAAAUAUGUCAGUCUCAGACUGGGAAACAGAAUUAAGUUGUCGCGAACUUCAUAAGCAGUUUGAAGAAAAAUUGGGCAAUAUGCCAGGUGACGAGUCUUAUUUUCUGUUAACAACCUUUGCUAAUAUGGCCAUGGCGAGAGCCGAGAAGGACUACGAUUUCGUGAGAACAGCCACAAUCGAUCUGUUUCAAAUUGGAUUUCUCAGUGAGAAAACUCAAGAAUCCUGUUCGAAGGACGCGAGAUCACUUUUAUCGAAUUUGACGAGUAAAUAUCCUACUCUUCUGUCUGACAUCUUGCACAAAUUAAAGGACAAUUUUGUAUCAGUCGGGAAGUUGAGUUUAUAUCUGUUUACGGAACUAAAGAUAGGAAUGUGGGCUCCACAACAGCAGGACAUGGCAAUUUUGUCCACUUGGUUACAUCAGUAUCCCUUGACUUCAUCCGAAAAUCAUUUGGCUCGAUUGAUUCUUUCACAUUUGAAUUGGGAUCUUGACGCAAAUGACAAUUUGUAUCUUCCAAUUGAUCUACAUCGACAAGUGGCGUUAUUAAUUGUCGAGCUUAUGAUGAAAUAUGUGCCCGACACUCCUAUGCAGACGGCCUCGCUUUUAGCAGAAGGUGUAAAGCAGGUAUCUUCGAUGGUGAGGCCGCAGAACAGCGAGCAGGCGUUCAGCUUGUGGUCAUGGGAGAUGAUGAAUAGACUGAGAUUACAUCAACUGGAUCGUUCGGAAUCCGUAUGCCAAAAUACCAUUUCAAAUCCGGCCGAAGGUCUUGCUUGCGUGCCCGAUAUGGAAUCAAAUUCCACCUUGGAAAUUUUAGCGAAAGGAGUACGUGAGAAACAGCCGAUCGCCUGCUACGCCUCCGUAUUGAUGACUCUAUGGGGUCACUCGGUGCCACUGAUCUGCGUCGAAGGUUUCAGCCAGCUGCAAACCUUACAGUGCUAUUACAAAUAUGAGCAAGUGCUGGUGUGCUUGCAUCGUGUGAUACCAUUGUUUCUCGAAUGUCCGGAUUCGUUAUUGAAGAAUGACAAGUUCGUUAGUUUGAUUGUGCCACUCAUCGCUGCCGACCGGACAUACAUGAAGAUAGCGAAGAAUUUAAUUGCCCCGGAAUUUCCCGGCCCGAUCCUCAGACAGUUCUCGAAUAUGAUUGAAUCUCACUUAUAUUAUUUCAAACGGUAUUGCUUAAAUAGCCCGGAACGAUUCGUGCAUCUGUGGUUGAAUGUGUUGACACUUGUUCAGGAUUGGAACAAGGAUCAUAGCGUAAUGUAUUUGAUGGACACUGUGAUCCGUGCAGCGUUCUUUCACUUAGAAACUAGGAUGACGAUGGAGAACAUGUUUCAAAAUCUUUUCUGUUUUGCUUUAGAUGGAAGUAACGAGAGUAUAUCGUCCACUAGAGCGCCGGGAUCAUUCGGGUCUUUUUUGAGCUGGGCAACGGGAUCUUCCAAUUCGACAAGUCUCCUUGGUGGAACCGUUCAAACGAUAUGGCUCGCUUAUCAGAUCUUGUUGACGGAGCAAUAUGACAGGGAGCUUAAAACCGGACUUUGGCGUGAGAUCCUGCGAGAACUGUCUAUGCAAUCCAAAAUAUCUCUGGACACUGCUCUCAAGAGAGCCUGUGCAACGGUGAAGAUAACUCCAUUCGGAAUAAACAAUCUAGCUAUUUACCGUUGGUCUCAACAGGCCCUUGAUACACCUUUGGAUCAUCCGAUCUUGCCUCUCUUGUGGCAAAAUUUUUUUAGUUUAUUCCUCGCACGAACUUCUACUGUAUCGGGAUCAAUGGAUAAAGGUGGGUUCGGAGAAAAGUUUUUUGAAGGGAUGAUAAAUCUAAGCUACUUGAAGAAACUGAAGAAACGGUUGCAUGAAACGACAGAACAUUUCCAACUCAAAGGGGAGAAAGACACUGACAAUGGAAAACCAAUCACGGAUGAACGGCGUGUAUUUUAUCUCAGUACAGCAAAGUUCUACAAGACACUGAGUCUCUGGCUAGAAGAACCCCGUCUUCAGGAACCGGGACUUUAUCUUCCGGCCCUGCCACCGCAAUAUAUGUCACAAAGGCUAAUUUUGCUAGUGCAAGGAGAUCGAACUCUUUGGUUGGAAUAUAUCGACUAUUGGACGGUGCAGCAAAGUCAAUUGAAGGCCGUACGCGAAUGGGAACGUGCGAUAUUUCGCGAUCCCGAAAGUCAAUCAGGAAUUCAGAGAUCCCAAUCCUCUUCAGCAAGCACUGUGGAAUCGAUCAAACCGCUUCACAGAAUUUUUCGCAGGCUAAAUGUCUACGAAUCACCGCUUUCGCCACCAUCCUUGAGUCGUAAUCAACCAGUAUUAGGCUGUGUAGCCAGAGAGUGUCUCUACAACUCCGCUACUGUCAUCAAUCUAGUCAAGCCGCAUCUCCGAGUCAUCCUUGACUAUGCGCAAACCUACAAUCUCAUGAUAUCUGAACAUACCGCGGUAGAUUGCAGCUUCCUCGAACUAGUCCCGACUCUUUACCGGAUCUAUGAGAACCACGUGACUCUACAUGCCCUUUGCGAUCCAGCGCCGUCCGGUCAGAGACGUUCGAGGUCGGGCACGCCUCCCACAGUGCAUUGUGCAGGCCCUGCGAUUAUCAAGAUUACAGUUGAAGAAGCUCAUGUCAGCGAAGGUGUGGAUCACAUGAUAACUCAGAAUCGAGCUGAAUACGAGAAUCUGUUAGUGAAAGCUAGUCAACCGCCACCCAGCAAAGUUACUCUUGGUUGUGUCUUCAUCGAUCAUUUAAUCGCAAUGUUAGAGCAUGAAUUAACUAUUAGUCGCACUAACGAAAAUACUGCGAUACUCCGCAAGGUGCAGGAGAGCGGAGUCAAACUGUUUUAUCAUCUGGUGGAGUUCUACACGGAAGAAGCGGCAUUAUGUCCUUCUACGAAACAGCUCAUUACCACUUGUUUGGAGAAGUUGGGUCAGUUAUUCAUCAGUGGUGAAGAAGUUCAAGGUCCACAAUUGCUGAGCACAAUCAUUCAGAGACCUAAUCUCGGGGGUUUGUUGGGACCACAUUUCACGCCCGUCGCUGGUGGAGCCAACACGUUCUUGCAAAUGUAUCAAACCGUCGUAGAAUUAUCCACCGGAUCAAAUGUUGACUUGUGCUUUGUGUUGCUCUCAAAGUUUGACGUCGGUAGCUGGUUGAAUUAUCGCCGUCCGCGAUUAAGCGAAAGAUCUACUUUCAUAGAUCUAAUUUCUAAAGCGUUGUAUAACAUCGGUCUGAAUCCCGAAGAAGAGAAGCUGAUGUUGCAUGAACUCUUUCGGAAUCAUCUCCGACUCAUUCUCCUACACGAGUUCCCUGAACACUACGGUGAAGUGUUGAGCGCAGUACUUAAAGGAUCCGAGAGCCAGAAUUUGUCGCUAGAUGUUUGGCGUGAUUUGCUAGGAGCCCUCAGCGGCAAGCCAAAGAACAUUGCACCGAUAUAUGCUUCUAAGAUCAGAGACGAAAUCAGACAUUAUGCCACGGAGCAAAGGCUAUUAUCUCGCCAAGAGAUGCACGACACUGCUGUACUCUUAAGCAGGCAUUUCAUGAAGGAAAGAUUGCAAUACGGAUUGUACGGCCUUUAUCCAAAGUACAGAAUUUACAAUGAACCGCUGACUAUAUUUCUGGGUAUGGUCGGCCACGCCUUGGUCGUAUUGACGCUUCAGGCUGAUCGAGGAUCGCUUGCAGAUCAAUUGUGCGAAAAGAUCUGGCCAGUAUUAAGCGAAAUGUACGCUCCAUGGAUUACCCCGUAUUGGACGAGAAAUUUGCGGGAGCCUACGGCUGCGUGGAUCCAGCAGUUGACGGACGACAGAUCGGUGUUGCUGCCAUGGAUCAUCACCGAUGGUCCAUAUGCGAAUCGGACAAUGGCAAUGUUUGCCGAGUGCAUCCGUUUCAUCGUCGACACUAUGCCAGCGUCGAGUAAGAUUCUUAGUUUCGUGUGGCAAUUUUACGUAUCCAAUUAUGCCCACGUAUCCGUCAAAGAUCACGUGCUGAAUGUGGUGCAUGGAAACUUGCUGUCCCUUCCGUGGGAUCGCUUCUACCCUGCCUCCAACGAUAUAGAGUUAAUGAUUAGAGUUAUUGAUCAGUAUCUACCAGACUGCCACUUGUUUCUCGGAAGUGUCUUCACCUGUAUCAAUUGGUCCGCCUGGAUCAAUGAGUUGAUAGCCACGCAAUCUCUGCAAAUUGCUGCCAGGAUGCACAUCUGUUUGCUUAACUUGCUGGUGAAGCUAUCGAAUGAACCCAACGUCAGACAGAAUGAGAAAGCGGUGCAGUUGGUUACGGAAGCCGAGAGCUUUUCGUGGCACUUAAUAGACGCCGCGGCGUAUGACCAAGUGAUCAAUUGGCACGUGAUGAGCUGCGACCCCAGAGUAAUUUUAGGCCUAGGCAAGGACCAGGCUCACGCCAUCGAUGUAGCUAUUAACAAUUUAUUGAAAAUAGCGGCGGCCUACGACCCUACAGUGAAACAUUUUCAUCCCACUACUUUGAAGAAACGACAGAUGUACGUACGUUCUAUGGUAAAAUUGUUGAUCAAUUGUACCACACGACACAAGUCUCUUUUGUCAACCAAUAGCAAAGUAUUCACCAAUACGUUGUCGCGGAUGCUCGACGAUAUGGAGAUUGUCAUCACCAGCACCGUCUCCGAAUCGCAACAGGUUGCUGAGGCCGGUCUGCUGAUCACUGAAUUUUUGCACUCAAUCAAUCAAAGCGUAGUAUUGGUCGAUCAUCUUCGUAGCAGUUGGACGGCAUGGCUCCUAGAUCGAACAGCUAGCAGUCCGGUGCUGAUGGGCGUAUUAAGAGUGAUCGGAAUGGCAGUAGCUUCCUCAUCCACUCUGGGCCAUCUUAUGGAGGCCGCGUUGGAAGCUUAUUUUAAAUAUAACGUAACGGAAGACGUUCGGCCCACGUGGGCGUCAGUGCUGACAGUCUUGCAGUCCGUGAUACCCCGUCAACCGCCAUUAGAAUCGGUAUUGGUGUCUGAGGGAAGGUUGUUGGCCCUUUACUCUGUAUUGCUAAAGAGACUUCCAUCCUGCAGGGACAUCCGAGAGGAAGGCAUGCUAUUGAUUAAUCUAGUAGACUGGAUCAGCGCUAUUAAAACUACAGACAUCGUAGAGGAGAAAUUGCCUCUGCUAUGGGCGAAAGCAUGCGAAUUGGCUUACAGGCAAUGUCAAUAUAGCGAGAAUACAGUAAUCGCUGCUAGAGCCUUAAAGGGAUUAGCACGAGCGUUGUUAACCGUAGCAGACGAUGUGGGACAAGGAUGGGGUAUUCUAGGAGCUAUUGGAUUAAGAAAAGGCUCUCAGCUCACUGUGCGAUGCAAAUUCCUCAGUCGCGCCACAGCCGUUUACUGCCUAGCGCAAUUACCGGAAUCCAAGUCUGAUCAGCAACUAGUAAGAUACACACCUCAUUCACCUGGCGUGGCGCCUUCGCGAUCAACCGAUCCGGAUACAAUGGAGAUUCGACCUAGCGUGGAAGCUGUAAAGGCCAUGCAGAGCUUGGAGGGAAUCCUGAUGAAUAAGCAAUACGCGGAACUACGGGGAGAUGUGGAGAGAGCUAUCAGACUCAUUAGAGAUUCUGCUAAUUCCCUUCACAAUGCUGUCGAGAUUAUUGGAGCUCUCACCGCGGAGCUUUACAAUCAAAGAUAUCUUCACGUGUUGACAGAGUGAUACUAGUUUUAUAUUUUGACUUAGCGACGGGCUGAUGUGACCUUUCAAAUUGCUUCAAUGCGAUUAUAUGACACAAAUUUUCUCGAACAAAAGUUUUCAGAGCUAUUUUAUCAAGUCUUUCAAGAUUUUCAAGUAUUCUUGAUUCCUUGCGAUUGAUUUCAAUGUUUUAAGAUUUUCGAAGCUCUUUUAGAAGAUUUGUAAGACCGUACAAAUUUGAGAGACAUCGAAUAUUUUAUCAAAACUUUCUAUAGCGAUUGAAUCACUUGGAAACUUGCAAGACAGAAGGUCGAAUGCCUGUCGCUAUAUAGAUCUCACCAAAUAAUAACGCGUUUAAAUCGAAUGCUUAUAUUAGAAUCAAAGAGAGAUUACGAAUACAUUACAAUUGUUUAUUAUAUAUGUAUAUAUAUUAUAUAUAUUAAUCGUGGAUAUUUUUUAUCGGGUUUUUACGGAUAUUAAUAUCCAGUGGAAUCCUGAUUCCUUAAUGUACAAAGAUGCAAUGCAAUUUCAAUCUUUAAUUUAAUUGCGUAAUUAUAAGCUUAAAAUAAGUUUUGUUAUUUAAACUUUUUAGAUUUGCAUCGAUUUUUUAGCCAUAUGAAGUCUAUCUUUUUCCUUAAUUUAAAACAUAAAAUUUAAGAUGCAUUCAAUUUAAACGCACAUUGAUUUAGGUUGUCGACAAUAUUUAUAUAAUUAAUAAUGUUUAAGAAUAAAUUGUUUGUGACAUAAAAUUUCCUAUGCACUAUACUCGCAUUGCGGAUGCUUUGUUACCUAUUUACAUAUUGUACAUUACAUGUUGAAAUGUUUGAUUUAUAUUUACACACUGCGUUAAAAUUUCUAUAACACAAUUGUGAUUAAUAUUUUUUCACGGCUAAUAUUUUAAAUCGUAAUCGAAAUAAUCAUUCAGGCACAAUAAUUGUCAAUCAAUAAUUACAGAAUCGAUUAAUUGAAUGAAUCUUUCAAAUCUUUAUAUCAUAAGAAAUGGUUAAAAUAUAAUUAUCGAUAUAAGAUUAUCAUAUUAACACUGAAUGCUUCUAAAUUGCUGUUGUAAGAUUUACAAAGAUUCACUUUUUAUCCUAAGUUAAAUAAACGAGUAUACACACUGAA